UCAGGUGUCAGAGUCCACUCAUAAAGGGAUCAGCUGAGUCAGCAGGUGUGGAGCUGCUUCCCAUUUUAGUCCCGCACCGUCUGACCUGUCCUCACCUGUCCCCCCUCACCUACCGGGGCUGGAAGAACUGCUAAGCAACAUGGAGUCCAUAGGAGAAGAACACAAAGGAGAAACAUCCAGGAUAAUUUUGGGAGAUGAAAACGGUGAAACCAGCCACCAAGACGCUGCAGAUGAAAACAUUUCUACUCCAACAACAGAAGUGGGAGAAACGGGAGGAAGAGGAAACGGUGUCGUGGCGAUGCCAAAUGGUGACUCAGCAGGUGAGGAGGAAGGAAGAGUAGAAACACCUGCUGUCGAUGAAGAGGGAGGGAUCCAGCAGGUGUCUGAAAGCCAGACAGCUGAGCAAUCUGAGGAAUCGGAGCAGAAACCGUUAACACCCAGCAGAGCGAGACCAGUUCCGCCCAGCAGUCUGAAUCUGACUGGGGAACAACGAGCGAAGAAGAAAGUGCUGGCCGCUCCAAAUCUGAGUCUGUCAUUAGGCGGCAGCGAGUCGAUAACGUCUGAUGACCUACAGUCCACCUUUCUCUCCCCGUCACCGGAGGAUGCAGACGAUGCAGAGGAUGCAGAGGACACGACACUGGAUUUUGAUUUGGACGCCGUGGAGACGCCGUCCGAUAGCGAAUCCCUGCACUUCCCCCUCUAUGACCUGGACCUGGAAGAUGACAUGCGGCGACUCGGUGUGGCCUCCCGUCGCCUCAGAGCGUCUGGGUCCAGACCCAGGUCGGGUUCUGGAGCUUGUUCUCAACCAGGGCCUGACCAGUUUGGACUGGGAUCCUUGGAAAGGGAAGAUGUGGUGGACAGCAAAGGCACCAGGUGGCGCUGCUUCACAACAGGUGACCCUCCUCAGGAGUCAAGGGUCGACAUGAGCGUCCUGGAGCCGUAUCUCAGAGUUCUGUCACAUGGAGGUUACUAUGGAGACAGUGAGGAUGACAUCAUCGUGUUUUCCUCCUGCUACCUCCCGGAGAACAGCCUGGAGAACUACCAGUAUGUGAUGGACAACCUGUUCAGGUUUGUCAUCGGGACUCUGGAGCUGAUGGUGGCAGAAAACUAUGUGAUAGUCUAUCUUUGUGCUGGAGGGCAGAAGGAAAAACUCCCAGGAAUCGGCUGGCUUAAGGAGUGUUACACCUCCAUCGACCGCAGGUUAAGGAAGAACCUGAAAGGUUUCUACGUGGUCCAUCCCACCUGGUACAUCAAAAUCAUCGCCACCAUCAUCAAACCCUUCAUCAGCUCCAAGUUCAGCAGAAAGCUUCAGUUUGUCGACACGCUUCAGGAGCUUUCUCUCUUCGUCCCCACUGAGCAUGUGCAGAUCCCGGACUGCGUCACACAGUACGACCAGAACCAGUCCAGGUGAAGCUCAGCCUGAACAGAUCAAAACGUUUCUCUGUAUUUAUUGUUCAUCUCGCUGCAGACUUCCAGUUUCAGGAUGAGAUUACAAAAAUCUUAGUUUUUAUCUCGUAAACAGUGUUGAUGGAAGCCACAGAACUAUACGUUUCACAUAAUUUUCUAUUUUUAUUAUUUCAUAAAGAGAAGAAGAACAUCGUGCAAUUUAACUAUAAACACAAGCUGCCUGAUUUUUAUUGAUUUUUUUGUCUGAAAUUUUAGAUUUUAAAAGUACACUGAUUAAACUGCUGUACAAAUGAGGAACUAUUUUUAAAUCUUGUGAAUCACCAUUUUAAGAAUUAAAGUAAAUGAGAACUAAAUAUUUUUAGAUAUAUAUUUUUAAUAUAAUUUCAGUCUUUCUCUGUAACCUGGUGAAGUGUUUUUUUUUUUUUAAAUACAAUGUGUUAUGAACACAAUUUCAUUCAUCAAUCCAUCUGGACAUGUGGGUGCUUAUUUUUUCUGAUCAAUAACAUUUUAUAGAAAUGCUUGUUAAAUUUAAUGUUUGUCAUUGAACUCUAUGCUUUUGCUCCGAUGAUAUUUCUGCAGAAGUGGCAUCAUAAUUCAAUUCGUCCUUCUGCAAUCUGUCGAGGGAAAUAACAUGGAUUUCAUGAGAAUUGUGUGGAAAUAUUUAAAAAAAACUGUUGAGUUUACAUAUUCAGAUUCUACUGUUAAACAAAUCAGCGUGUUGAAUGGUUAAACAUUUCUUUGUAGGUGAAAAAGGCAGCAAAAAGACCUAUGUAUUUUUCUUUUAUUCUUAUUUCCCCUAAUGUUUGGCUUUUGAUGAGUGAAUUUAAACAUCAGAGAAUUUAAUUGGAACAAAAUUUUCCAUGAAAUGGCCAUUGUUGGAAACAUCUAUAGACCUUUCAGAAUGAUACUGUGGGAAUGUGGGUCAGAGCUGAUGCACUACAAAAACAAAAUUUGUUUUAUUUUAAGCGUAAGAUAUUUGCAGUAAAAACUGGACCAGAAACUACUUUAUAAGAAUUUGUGUUGGGUAAUUUUUAGCAUAAUGAUCCAUUUGCAUGUUCUAAACAUGUGAAUUUGUGUUGAACAAAAUCAAAAUGUGUAAAAAAUGUAACGCUGUAAGGAUCCAGAUUGCUAUGAAAACAUCAGCAUGAUGUGAACUCGGUCACUUUGACCAAGAAAACGGAUUUUAAUAAAGAACUAUAAUGCAUAUAA